GCCAAACAGACAGCAGAGUAGUUGAGUCAAACCCUCAUUCAUUUCUUUUGGAUCAGAAACAGCAGAGGACAGCACAUCUGAGCCAUGUCUGGACUCAACGCAUCCCUCGGAUACUUCCUGGCUGUUGUCAUUUUUGCAGCCUUAGUCCGAGUGCUCCUUAAAAAAUGGCCACGAUUUAGCUUCAUUGUGGAGUUUGCAUCCUCUUUCAUGCUGGUGGCAUGUAGGCUGGAGGUGCAGACCAUUGUGGAGGUGGGUGAGUGGGCCGGGGGUUUGGGUCCUGAUGUGACUUUAACCAUACUGUUCGUGGUGUUGCUGACCCACGGUGUGAUCUGUGGCAGCGCAUCGGGGAAUCCCACUAUGGUGGUGCUGAAGUUCCUGCAGCUGGAGGCCACCACUCUGUCCACUCUCCUCACCGUUGCAGCCCAGUUUGUUGGUGCCCAUCUGGCUCUUCUUGUAGCUGGAUACUACUGGAGUCUGGAGCUGACCGACAUGCACAUGAUCAAAAACCUGAUGGCCAGCUCGUGCAGCACGUCUCUGUUGGUCUCUUUGCUUCAGGGGUUUUUCACUGAGUGUGUUUGCACGCUCAUCUUUCAUCUGGUCCAUCUAAACCUGCUACGCAGAUCUGCUCUGAUCCGGGUUCCCCUGAUCGCCGUCCUCCUCACCUUCCUGUCCCAUACAGCCAGAGGCUACACCUCAGCUUACAUGAAUCCCUCCUUGUCCUACGGCCUCACCUUCCACUGCCCUGGAUUCACCUUCUCACAGUACGCAGUCGUCUACUGGCUGGGCCCUCUCACAGGCAUGACCCUGGCUCUUCUCGUGUACAUGGGCCAUAUUCCUCGGAUCUUUGCCAAGAACCUGAUAUAUUUUCAGAAGACGCGUUUCCGAGUGCCAAAGGGGGACAAAGGAGAGAAGAAGAAAAUGUGAAAGAAACUAUUAAUUUUAUUUCUUUUUUCAAUCAACCUUUAAGGAACAGUUCCUGACAACAAAUGGUUAAUGAUCAAGAUAUUUUUACUGUACAGAAAAUGUUAAAUAUUAAUAAUAAAAGAUAUUAAUGAA